ACUGCUUAUACAGACAAAACAAACUAGAUGAAGCUUUGGAGUCCUUGAAAAGCCUAGAGGGGAAUUCUACAGCCAUGUUGUUAGAGUCUCAGAUUCUGUAUCGUCUGGGAAAAAUGGACGCUUGCAUGGAUAUUUAUCUCAAGCUUCAAAAAUCCAAGAUUGAAUCAUUAGAAAUAAACUCUGUUGCUAGUUUGGUCGCCUCUGGGAGGGCUUCUGAAGUGCAAAGAAUGAUGGAUACACUUAGGGUCAAAGCAACUAGCAGUUUUGAGUUGGCAUUCAACACUGCUUGUUAUUUAAUUGAAAGUAACAAGUACACAGAUGCAGAACAACUAUUGCUGUCAGCCCGAAGAAUUGGUCAGGAAACACUAUUGGACGAGAACUUGCCUGAUGACGAAAUAGAGAUUGAAUUGGCUCCUAUAGCCGUCCAGUUGGCCUAUGUUCAGCAGGUGAGAUUAUUACCUCCAAAGGAGCCUCACAAAAUGCAGUUGCAGAGCAACCCAAGCCUUCAUCCAAGUCGUCAAGAAAGAAGUCUAGGAGUUAACUAGAAAGGAUCCAUAAUUUUUGGUUGAAAAUUUUGAGUUGUUGCAGAUUUUCAAAGAUUUUUUCUUUGUCUUU